AUGAAUUAAAAUAUUUAAGUAUGUCAAAUGAUUGAUUCACUUGAAUCUAUAACAUGUGCUAAGCACAAUGAAAAAGUUGAAUUCGUCUUGCUAAAUAAUGAAAUAAGUGGAAAAGAUAAACUUUUGUGUAAGGUAUGUUUUAGUCAUUUUUCUGGUGUAAAAUAAGUUUAUAGCAUAUUUGAGGCUGUGGAGUAUUUAAAAGAAAUGAAAAAUCUAGAAUAUUAGGAUUAAAAGACCUUGAUCUUAGAUUAAUUGCAAAAAAUUUUUCUUCAUAUUGAAGACAUGAUAUCAUUCCAGAGUAGCUUUCAAUAAUAUAUCAAUAAUGUACUAGAAGUGUUGAACAACUGGAAACUGGAAUUAGGGAAUAAAUUAAUCGCUAUUUCUCAAUACAAAUUUUAAGACGAAUUAGAUAGAUUUAAAGAUAACACAAAAUCUUCUAGAAAUAUUGAAUAAUUAUAGCAAUUUAUUUAAUUAUCAAGAUUUUAAUAUUCAGAAAAGAUUUUUAACAGCUUAACUAGUAUCACACUUUUAACUACAAAUAAUUAAGGUUUUAUUAAACUCUUGGAGUUUGUUAAAAGUUGUGAAGACUUUGAUUUAUUUUAGAAACAAAAUCAGCCAUCAUAUAACUAGGAUCGAUUUGAAAGUAUAUUUUUAUCUAGAGAGGAUAGUAAUGGCACACGUGCUGCUUUUCAAAGCCAACAUAACCCAAAUUAAGAUGUUAAAAUAUCAUUAAAAUUAAUUCAAACUAUCACAUAAAAAGAUACCGUUUUAUCGAUAUCAUUUAGCUAUGAUGAUUAAUUACUUGCUUCAGCUUGUAAUAAUGAAAUAUAAUUAUGGAAAUUUUAAAAUGGAAAAAUAGAUGAUUGCAUUGGUACUCUGGAUGGACAUACAUAACCAAUUUUUACGCUGAUUUUUAGUAAAAAGAAAAAUUGGUUAUUUUCAGCAGGAAAAGACAUGUCAAUUAUUUUAUGGAAACCAAAAAUAUUUUUAUUUAAUUUUACUAUUACCACAAAACAAUAAUAUUUAAAUGCUCAUAAGGAUUAUAUUCUGCAAUUAGUAUUAAAUAAGAAUGAAAAUUAAUUGAUCUCUUGUAGUUCAGAUACUAAAAUUUCCAUUUGGUCUGUAAAUUAUAGAUAAAACUCAAUAUAAUUUUAAUAAUCAUUAGAAAGACAUAGUUGUCCUGUGAUUUCUAUUUGUCUCAAUCAAAGCAACAAAUUACUGGUAUCUAGUGGUUUAGAUAGAUAAAUAAUUGUUUGGAGUUCAAACAAAAAUUAAGAAUGGACGUUUCAACAAGUUAUAAGUAAAUUAACUAAUGAUUUUGGUUAUAGAAUAAGCUUUGUUUCUGAUGUAUCUAUAGUUUGGUAAUCAUUCAAAAUGGGAUUAACUCAUAUCUUUAAAUUGGAAGAUGGUACCUUCAAAGAGGUAUUAGAUUAAAGAAUAUAACUUUCAAAAAAUGCUGAAAAUGAUGGCGACUACUCAUUUCCAUCAAUAUUCAAUUCUAAUAAGUAAAUCUUAAUUUAAAAACAUUGUAAUCGAAUUCAUUUUUUGACUAUAAACUCACAAACUUAAUUACGAAUUUAAUCCGAAUAAAUCCUCUUAAAAAAUUAACAAAGUUACGGAAAUUUAUCAAAUGAUGGUAAAUAUUUAGUACUAUGGUGCGAUCAACUAUUUUUGUUAUAUGAAAUAGGCUAUGAAGAAUGUUCCUAAAUACCUUAUUGA